CACACGCACACUCAACAAUUGUCUGGUCUUUCUAUGUAUGAUUUUAUUUUCGAUGCCUAUACCCUACCUGGUAUGCCUGACAUUAUCACCUUUUCACGAUGACAUCGGCAUACAUUGAGUACAAAAUUCCCUCAUCUGAGACCCUCCCUUCCGUAUAUUCGAUCUUUCGAUAAAAAUGUCGAAGAAUCGAGUCCCCGUAAGCCUUUAUCGCUUACACUGGGCGUCUCGCCGAUAAUUGAGUCGUUGUACUCGCAAUUCGACAUACCGCGCCGGUUCGAGGCAAAAAUGCAUACGUAUCUCGUCCGCCUCUCCGUUGGCAUAGAUACGUAUGUACAUAGGCUGUACUUUUUAUGAUCCUCGAUUUUACCUCGAAAUAAAAAAAUGUCGACAUUGCGUCGCGAGUAAAACAUCUCGCGAAAGUAUUCAUCUCCCGAAGCGUAUUGCUGCAGAAUCAUGGCGAACGUAACGUAUCGGUGGUGCUCAAAUGAUCUCCGUCUCUACGUGUAAGAGUUUCGCGACUGCGGUCGCGAUAUAAUCGACUCGAAGCUGACGAAGGCAACAGGAUUGUCGGUACGCCGACAAUGAGAAGUAAGCGGAUUAUCCGUCAUCCCUCGCGUUAUCCCGGGUAACGGCAAAAGGUUCGAGACACAUCAUUCAUUUUCACGAACGAGAGAGUCGAUAAAAAUUGUCACUCGGUGUGGAUUAGUCGAAGAAAUCUUUUCGACGAAGAGUUAUACGUAACAUUUGGGAAACGAGCAACGAUCACUGAAAAGGUCGGAGACGACGGAUCUUACGUGCACGACGUCUUGUAAGCCGGUUCGCAAAAUAAGAAACGGAAUCACGCUGGGGAGGUUGAAAGAAGGACUUGAAUUUUAAAUUUGGUUGUUCAUCGAUGUCUUUGUACGAUGUUAUCGUAAUAACGAGGAUAAACAAAAACAAAAGGGUCAGAUAUCUGGCACGGAUCUUUCGUUUUCUUCAAGAAUGAAAGUUCUUGAAAGUUGGCGCACUUUUCCGAUGCGUUCCAAAGUUCACGUGUGCUGGGUCGCCGGUACAAAAUCUGACUCUCAAAAUCAAGUGAUCGGCAUGGUGAUUUUCGUCCCGAAUAUCUUAGCAGCGUAACAGGAGAAACCUGUAAUCUAGGGCAGCAUAGCUCGCAUAACUAUCACCCUCGGGUAAGGCCAGGAGUGCAUAGCGAUGUUGUUCAAUUAUUCUAGGUAGUCCCCGGUAGGCCGUAUCCGGGAGUUUAUCGGGAAUGAGCCCUGGUCCCGCGCGGCUCGAACGAAUGUCCGUUGAAUUUAUUACCCGUAAAAGUUCGUUCCAGGGGCAAGGGCGUCAACCGACAGUUAGUUCGGUUCGGGGGAAACGUGUUCAAUUGAUACCCCACCGCGACGUCUCCGGACAUCAAAUUCAGACAAUUCCGGCUGCCCUGCAAACAGAGAUUGGAAUUCAUACGCUGGUAAUUGAAUGAAAUUUUGCGGAUUUGCAAAAUAAUUCGAUCGACGUACAAGCGCUAUAAAAAUUUAGCGUAAUCGACGGUGACGUUUGAAAUUAGCCUUCCCGGGACACAAUUAAUGACGUAUUUCAAAGAAUUUUUUAAUCAACUCUCAACUUUUCGGGAAAUGUUCGCCGACCUACAUAGACCCCCCGCCCGCGGGAAGAAAAUCGAGGCUACUUUGGCACAUUAAGGUUUCAUAAAUUACCAAGCGUUUAAACGAACGCGAUAGCUCGUUCUUCGGUAUACUCCCCUCCCUGCGCCCUCCACCCUCCACCCUCCUUCCUUCGUCCUUCUUCAUCUUUCCCUCCUCGCUCUCUUCUUCUUCUUAUCAUUAAACUUAUUAAUCCCUCAAUGGCGAAUGGAUUAACGAAAAUUGAUGAUGUUUUUAGGCAUCGGUUGAAAAAAAUUUUCCCUCGUUUGAUACGCGAAACGAAAUAGGAGAAGACAAACUAUGUUACGUAUAUCGAACAAUUCUUGAGUUCCGGUUCAAGCUAAAAACGAAGCUGUCGGAUGAAUUUCUAACGACUCGGACCGCAAAUUUGAGCAAAAGCUCAAUCUCCAUUUUUGGAUUCGGCUUUUUCCAUUAGUUGGUCACAAAAAGAAUGACAAGCAUCAGUAAAAAUAAGAUGGUUGUAAAAGGUACACCUCCCAACUCUAUUUCAACGUGAUAUUAGUGGCGCGCUUCGGUGCGGUGAACGGCUGGCAAUAACACUCUCUCGUUACAAGCCUAAUGAGAAUCCACCCCAAUUUUCUGUAAACAACACGCUUGUCUCUGUUAUUUCCAAGCGGAGGUGAAAAAUAACUUUUCUACUCGUUGUUUUUUCGACGAAGCACUUUUGUUCGAGUUGUAGCCUAAUUCUUCGGCGACAGUUUGUUUAUUCGUUCGUUUGUUCGUAUUCCUCGGUACAUGGUUAUGGAACGAAGAGGUGAAGAGAGUCUUUCGAUCGUGAUUUUGUUCAUUUUAUGCAGCUUCAUCGGCGAUUCCGAAGGAGCCUGUGCGCUUCUUCGUUCAUUCGCGGAUCGCACGUAUGUCUGUACGCGGACGGAGUUAUGUGCAUAGGAUCCACGUAAGUCAAAGUUAACUUGGAACGGUCGAAGUUAAUCCUAUCGGAACUCUCCCAUAUCCUGCUCCGCUGGUGCGUCUGUUGACUUAUGCGCUACAUCCGGGCUGUGCCCAAUGUCCAUACACAACGUGGUCAGCGUACAGGUUCGACAUUUUUGAUUAAAAAUAUUAUCUCGUACUCGGAUACACGAUGUCCAACCCCCUUGCGCGCGUAAUGCGAAAAACGAGCAAAUAAUUCCUCAUUCACUCAACGUUUGCCGGGGUGUGCGUAAGAUUUUAAACUCGAUUCUUCAAUUACAAUUCCCGAACCAAGAAUCAAUUCUCGGUAGCAAAGAAAUCUUUAGAGGCGAUAUAAAAUAUAAAAGAAACGAAAAACCAACGAGUUUCCAUCCAGAGACAAGAUAUCGGGAUCUCAAGAACAUGCGGUUCGGUCGCCGUUAUUUUUCGCUACUCUUCGUUCUGAUUUAUUUACUUCUUUUUUUUUUCAAGUCACGUAAACGCCGCCGUGCAUUCAAAUCACACAGUCUGCAUUUGCUGUAUGAUUCGGGCAAAGGAGAUCGGGGUGAGCCGAAAAUGAAGGGAUAAGCGGUCGCGGAUGAUCCGACUUAAACCUUAUCGUUCAUUUCCAAACGACGACGAUCGGGGAUUUCGGAUCCACACUGGUGUAUUUCAUUCCGGUAUUCUGCAAUUUGUUCCUUUUUCAUCUCUGGUACACGUAUAACUCGGAGAUGAUAACGCGUGAGAUGGAAUAAUUCUUAAUCCCUUGUUCACGGUCCUUCGCGAAUAAAUUGGGAGGCGUGGCCAGAUCUACAGAAAUCUCGGUCGAUCACGAUAUCCAUAUGCAUUAGGUGGGACUCGGGCGAGUGGAUUUUUUCGGGGGUUGCUCGGGAGUUGCGAGACGAGGAUUAAGGCGUAUUCGGCGCUUGUUUCAGAUCCUGCAAUCUGUUCUGGAUUUCCACUACCUUGGGUCUGGUUGAUUUCUGCAGGAGGACGAGAACGACGAGGAGCAGGCGCGGGGAUGACGGCGAUGAGACGCCGAGGAGAGUCGCGUUUGCGUUUGUGUGCGAUCAGAAAACCGCGAGAAACGGCGCGUGCUUUCAGUGGCAUUUCGCGCGCCGUUCAAGCCGGUUCUCACCAACUAUACUUAUAUACUCAUAUGUGCGUCUGUGCGUAUAUAUAUUUAUAUCUAUAUUUAUAUAUAUAUUUAUAUAUAUAUUUAUAUAUAUAUUUAUAUAUAUAUUUAUAUAUAUAUAUAUAUAUGUGUGUGUAUGUAUAUCGUACAUCUUCCUGGGCAUUCGUAUACACGAACACAUUCACAUCAUAUAUUCCCGAUCCGGUCUGUCUCGCAGUUUUCACGAAGAACUUAAAUAUCCCCGCAAGAGUAGUAAUUUUAUCGUCAUUUUGUUCACGAUGUUAUCGUAGGGCUUCUCGUUUCGACGGUUAUUUCUUUGGGAGAAUAUGACGGGAUCAUUCUUUCAUCGACAUCGUGUAGGCAACGGCUACUUCGUCAUUUUCCCACGAGAUUUAAUCUACAUUGCGACAAAAAUUUUCUUCUUCUCUCUGUCGUUCGGUACGACGACGUAUCACCUACCUCGUGCAAAGUGGCUGUACGAAGACAACCGGCUUCGAAAAUCUAUCUCAGAAUUGCAAUCGGUUCGCGCGUCGGUGAAUUCAAUCUUCCUCGUUAGUCUUACCAUUAUAUCUAUGGUCUUACGCUCCGGAUAUCGGCUGGUGGAUCCUUCUUUUUUUGUCAAUGUUCCAACGACUGUCGUUAUUAUUAUUAUUGUUGUUGUUGUUGUUGUUGUUGUUGCUGCCGUUAUUGUUAUUGCGGUUUAUUGCGAAUUUGGUCAGAAGUAGAACUCGAAUUAUGAACCAGACGAACGGAACAGCGUGAAAACAAAAAAUUGCUUACCAGACGUUGGAAUUGAUGGUUCUUACAAAUUUUAUGAUAAAAAAUUACCAAUGUAAAGAGUAGGUUGGGAAUUUACUUUCCCCAUUUUUCUGUUACCUCACGUAAUAUAUACAAUGUGUCGUAAUGUCGUAAUGUAUAAUGUGAGCCAAUUCGUACGAAUCGGACGAUUGUUUUUUCGUUUCAUUAAUUACUCUUUCGCGAGUGCAUUAUGAACUCUGCACCGAGAAUCUAAUUGAAUAAAAGGGGGUGAAGGCUGGCGGCGUUGGAAGAUUAAUAUUUUUUUCACCCCCAGGGUGCCAACUCCGCGGGCGUCACGACCGAGUGAAUAACUCGUAAUUUUAACGGGGAAAUCCCUUUUCAUCUUCUCCCGUUCGCCUAUUUUUUUACUCUUCUACAUAGAUAUAUUAUCGAACUUGUGGUAUAAGCAGCGUUGUCGAGACGGACUCAGGUCAUACCGGAUAAGAGGGGUGCGUGGAAGAGAUAUGUGAUUUAAUGUACGAUAAAUUUUGCACGAUAACGUAGUUGGAAAGCUUCGUUGAUCAUCGUCAUCGCACUAUUCGGAAAUAAAAUUUGUACGUUAAUAAUUGGUCGUUGUUAUCAUUGUUGUUUGCCUUUGUUGCAACUUUGCAAAAGUCUUAUUCAAACGUACGAUGUUAUCGAAGCUAGUUUGUUCGUCUACCGAGUUUUGUACGAAAAAAUCGUUCGAUUUCGUAUUGAAAACGAUAAUCAUACAUCUAGCAGCAAUAAAUUUCUCCAUCAAACAUUUAAUCACCGCAAAUCUGUGCAAUCGCCGCAGCUUUCAAGCGACGUAACGAAUUAUGUCCACGUUUUGGAAUAAUUUUCAUCGUCGGUGUUAAACUUGCAGUAUUUUACGGUGAAAAAUAUAUGUGUAUACAUUAAUGACAUGAUACGAUUUUAUAUGCAAAUGAAUUGAAAUCAUCGUACUCGCGAUCAGAUAUUAGAUAGGUACCUACACGCUGGUUCGGAAAAAUCUGACGACGACCGCUCGAGUAUAUCUGCGAUUUUUCGUAAAUUCGCGUUUCCCUCAACGGUAGUUUCGACAAGUCUUACACCGAACGGUAUUGAAGACCUCGUGGCCCCUGCGAUUAUAUUUCUAAUCGAUGAAUAAAAUGGAAGCAAACGAAUGCGAUACCGGGGGACCCCAUUCGUAACUUAUUCACGAUGUUGUUCCGCGAAAGCUCAGCGACUCGCAAGGCUUCCAAUAAUAAUAAUGCAUGAUAUUAAUAACAAUAACAAUAACUAUAACAAUAACAAUAAAAAUAAAAACAACAAUAAUAAGAGGAACAAUUGUGAUUAUUAUUUUACAACGUCGCCGUAAUUAAUCAGUGCAGGAACGGACGUGUGUUUCGUAUACAUAAAUAUACGUAUGUAUACAUGUACGCACUUUUCGUAAAAAGAUAAACACCGCGAGCCGCAGUUCCCUCGUUCCACUUAUUGUUGGAUAUCGGAUCUGUACGUGUUAUAACGUAUUGUAACGAUUCAACUAUUUUCAGCGUUCUUAUGACAGAAAACGUUCUUUAAAAUAGAAAUUCUUCGCGUACAUACCGUAUCACAAGUAAUUCAAAGACGCGGGUAAAUUCGUUACGGCCGUUCGGGUAUCCGCGUGAAAUAUUUUCAUAACUUUUACCACGCGAUAAUUGUAGGCGGACAAUGAAAGAAAUUACGUAAGAGGGACCAUGUACGUACCGUUGGAAUAAAAUAUAUUUAUUCAAGUAUGCCGGCUCUUCCGAACGUUCGAUGAAAAUUUUGAGUUUCAAGCAUAAAAUGCUCAAGAUGAACGAGUAUAAUUACAUGACACAAAACUGAAGAUUAACCGAAAAUACGUCAAGGCUUCGUCGUGGUUGCGGUGAACGCGUGUUAAAAAUGAAGUGAAAAGCUACGGAAUGCGCGCACGUUGGAAAUAUUGUUUUCUCACAUUUUGUUUUCAAUAGACGAAAAUGAAGUGGAAGUCGCCGGUGUCGUGCGUUUGAAAAAUUGAAAGAACCGAUACCGCACGAAAUGUUCGCGACGGUGGACAAACUGAAACAUUCAGGGAAUGUAGUGCAGAGAUUGAGAAAGUAAUUGAGAAAAAGACCGAAGAAAAAAAUCAACGUUUCGUAUUUUCCAUCGUCGUAAGAUAUGUCUCUCGUCGGUGAGCCGCCUCGUGAAGAUUCAAAAUAUUCCUACGAAGUUGGAAAUAAUUUCAUAAUCGAGGCAACGGAAUGUACGCCCGGCGUCGUCGAAUCGGCAAAUUCGACAAACGCCUCGACGGGAUACGUCCGAGUCUUUGACGCCACCUCGCCAAAUUCAACGGAAAACCUUUACUCUUUCUACUUCUACCAGAAGGAACAAUUCACCGUUCUCUGGAUUCUCUUCACGAUUAUCGUCGCUGGCAACGUGGCGGUCCUCGCAGGUCUGUUGCUCGGAAAACGUCGCAAGUCCAAGAUGGAUUUCUUCAUAAAGCAGCUCGCUUUCGCAGAUCUACUGGUCGGUCUCAUCUCCGUACUGACGGACAUAGUAUGGCGAUCGACUAUCACUUGGUACGCCGGCAACGUAGCGUGCAAAAUCAUCAGGUUCAUGCAAGCUGUGGUGACUUAUAGCUCAACGUACGUUCUCGUCGCCCUUUCCAUCGAUAGAUACGACGCGAUUACUCGCCCCAUGAAUUUCUCCGGUAGCUGGUCGAGAGCUCGUGCCCUGAUUGCCGUUGCCUGGAGUUUGUCCAUCUUCUUUAGUCUGCCGAUCAUAUUCCUCUACGAAGUCAAGCAGAUCCAGGACAGAGAGCAAUGCUGGAUCGAUCUUGGCUCUCAAACCAGAUGGAAGAUCUACAUGAGCCUCGUCAGCAUCGCGUUGUUCAUUGCGCCGACGCUGAUAAUCGGAGGGUGUUACUCGGUGAUUGUGGUGACGAUUUGGUCGCAAGGUAGUGCCCUGAAGCCCGGUCCGGCCAGAGAUACGAGGAGGGCGUCAUCCCGCGGUCUCAUACCGAGGGCAAAGAUAAAAACUGUCAAAAUGACCCUGGUCAUUGUUUGCGUAUUCAUCAUCUGCUGGAGCCCGUACAUAAUUUUUGACCUGCUGCAAGUCUUUGAACACAUUCCCCACACGCAGGCCAACAUCGCGAUCGCGAGCUUCAUUCAAAGUCUCGCUCCGCUCAAUUCGGCGGCGAACCCAAUAAUUUAUUGUCUCUUCAGUACAUCGCUGUGCAAGAGUAUACGUAAUUUGCAGGCGAUUUCCUGGAUCUCGGGAUGGUGUCCUACGAAUCCGCACCACUGCUUCGGCAGCGGUUCCGCACACAACGGUACGAGGACAAUGGUAACUACCUCUUUGACGGCCAAUUCGUCCCGGCGGAGCGCGCACGCUGCAAAUUUACAUCCCCCUUCGAAGAAACGGGUGAUGGUCUCCCUCGUGUAGUUUGGAUCGAAGACGGGAAAUUGACUAUCACGGUAGUCCGCUGCUGCGAAGCUGGAUGCAUGCGCGCCGUGCUGACUCGGCUGACGAGAAAUGCAAUAGGAUACGUGAUCCUGUGAGGAUCGUCUGCGCUCCAGGGAAACCCCCGACAACGAGGAUGAAAAAAACAAGGGAAACGAACGGACGAAGGAUGCAAAAAAAUGAAGCGAAACAGGGUUGCAGUUUCGCCCCUCUCAUCCCCCAUCCCUGGAGCGCAGUGUCUUAUUACUUAUUCCGGAAUAUACCGUACACCCCGAGUCACGGGUAUUACAAGUUCUUGAUUCGUUUACCCUCCCUUGUAUCUCCGAUUUUCCGUCGCGAUCGUAUUACCGUAGCUGUUGCAAUCGCGUGACCCUAGCCAACGAUGAGCGCAAACAUGAUAAUUCCACUUUUCUCAUCGCGACGCGAGGAAUUUCAUCGAUUGGACGGCAGUGAUGUCGUAACCAACGUUUCUGAAAACUUUUUACCAUUCGUACGUUCUCACGGAUCGAACCGCGCCUCACAUUUCUCCGGUAGUUUGAAGAAAAACAAAAAUAUAUAUAUAUAUAUUCUCUCGAUGGUCGAGACGUUUUGCUUAUCGCCAUCCGAUCGACGCUUGAUUGUGGUGAUUUCUACAUCGUUUCAGCUACGAAUGACCGUCGGUAAAAGAAUUGAAUAAAAAAAGCAGACUUUUGAUAAAUCAAAAGUGGAUAUUUAAAGUCGUCUGAUGGUAAGACGGCUAAAAAAUUGAUGUACAGUAUAUUUAUUUUUAUAUUCGGUCUAAAUGUACAAUUGUAAAAUUUAUCAUAAAAAAAAAAAUGAUUAGUCAUUAAGGUAAUUCGUUUCGAAUUGCAAAGAAUCUUUGACCGCUGA